UUUAGGCAGGAGGCAGCAGAGGAGCAGGCUUGCCGGGGCAGGGACAGCAUGGGCAAUAGCGUGGAGCACCGAGUCCUGUCCCGGGAUCCAUCCAUAGACCUGGAGGCAAAGCAGCCUGACUCGGGCAUGUCCUCACCCAACACCACCAUGUCGGUCCAGCCACUGAACUUUGACCUUGGCUCACCCACAAGCACCCUCUCCAACUAUGACUCCUGCUCUUCCAGCCAUUCCAGCAUCAAGGGUCAGCGCACUACUCGAGGGCUCCCUGGUGCAAGAGCUGCAGACUUACAGAGCUACAUGGAUAUGCUGAACCCAGAGCUGAGCUUGCCUCGGGGCAAGACAGGGAAGCUGACACCACAACUGCCUUCUCCGCCACCGCCGCCAAGCUUCCCUCCGCCACCGCCACCCCCAGGCACCCAGCUGCCUCCACCUCCACCAGGCUACCCGGCCCCCAGCCCCCCUGUGAGGCUGCAGGCAGAAAACAUCUACAUGCAGACCAAGAACAAGCUUCGCCACGUGGAGGUGGACUCCCUCAAGAAGGAGCCGAGCUCCCGCGACGGCCACUCGGGGCUGCGCAGGCAGGACUCGGGGCUGCUCAGGCAGGACCCGGGGCUGCUCAGGCAGGACCCGGGGCUGCGCAGGUACAACACUGGACUGCGCAGGCAGGACUCCAGCCGCAAACCGCGCUCGUUCAGCAAACAGCCCAGCACGGGGGACUACUACGGCCAGCUGGGCCGCUGCCCGGGGGAGCCGCUGGCCGCACGCCCGGGCAUGGCCCACAGCGAGGAGGCGGCGCUGCUCCCCGGGAACCACGUGCACAACGGCUGCUCAGCGGACCCCAAGACGUCGAAGGAGCUGCCCCCGCCGCCGCCGCCGCCGCCGCUGCCCGAGGCCCUGAGCUCGCCGCCGCCCGCCCCACCUGUGCCCAUCGAGGGCGCGGGCUGCGGGCAGCGUCGCUCAUCGUCGUCUGCGGGCAAAGUGAGAGUCCUGAGACACAGGAAGAGCACCAAGUCUUUCAACAUGAUGUCCCCAACGGGUGAUAACUCAGAGCUGCUGGCUGAGAUAAAGGCAGGCAAGAGCCUGAAGCCAACACCGCAGAGCAAGGGGCUGACCACAGUGUUCUCGGGCAGCGGGCAGCCAGCCUCCCAGCCUGAGUCACCGCAGCCAUCACCACAGCCAUCGGUGUCACCUGCGCCAUCUCGGCCCAGGAGCCCCACCCCACCAGCCUCUGGGCCUCAGCCUCUGCUCAAUGGCACCAUAGUGCCAGCACCGCCCGCCACACCAGCACCGGGAGUUCAGCUGGAUGUGGAAGCCCUCAUCCCCACACUUGAUGAGCAGGGCCGUCCCAUCCCAGAGUGGAAGCGCCAGGUGAUGGUUCGAAAGCUGCAGCAGAAGAUGCAGGAGGAAGAGGAGCAGAGGAGGAAGGAGGAAGAGGAGGAGGCCCGGCUGGCCAGCCUGCCUGCCUGGAGACGAGACAUUCUUCGGAAGAAGCUGGAAGAGGAGAGGGAGCAGAAGCGAAGAGAGGAGGAGCGACAAAAGCAGGAGGAGAUACAGAGGGCGAAAGAACAGUCAGAGAAACUGCGGACACUAGGCUACGACGAGGCCAAGCUCGCGCCCUGGCAGCGGCAGGUCAUCCUGAAGAAGGGGGAGAUCCCUAAGUAAUAGGAGUCUCGGCCUCUGUCUGCAGCCUCACAGAUUCUGAGAGAUGGGGAGCGGCCCCCAGCCCCCGCCCCAUCCUGUCAGGUUGGUGCGGAAGGGCUGGGAAACUUGACGCCCUUCCCUUCGGUGCAGGAACCCUCCCUACUCCCCUCCCUGGCCCCACACCCUCAGCCCUGCUGCUGGAGUACUCUCCUAUGCGCUGCUGUUGCCUGGAAAAAGUGCCCAAGCCGCUGACGAGAAAAAAAAAAAGAAAAAAAAAAAAAAAGAGAAAGAAAAAAGAUGCUGCUUAUUUGCAUGCUCACUUACAUAUAUUUGCAUGUUCAUCAACCCAGUGCUGAGCUCUCCCCAGCCCCGUGGGUGUGGGUGGUGACUUUUCCCGCGGGGCGCAUGCCCUUCUGCAGCCCCCUCCCCCGCAGCCCCGAACCGCAUUGCCGGCGGCGCAUCCUGGGCGGAGGCCGACCCUAAGCUCGGGGAAGGGGUUUUCCUCCCUCCACGACCCAGAUCUGUGCUGGCCAGGGCCGCGCUGCAUUUCUCAUCCCCAGCGAGGGUUUCCUCUCAGUCAUUUGUUUACCAGAAAGGAUGAAACUUGCCUGUCGGGGCGGAGCUGCCGCUCCCGAGGGGCCCCCCUUUUACAUCCCCCGCCCCAGCCCCAAUUACGCCUUCUGAGUCCCCAGCCAGGACCUCCGCUCCCCUGAUCCUUUCACUGCCCCAGUGAUGUGAUGGAGGGCCAGGGGCCCUGUUCUGACCACAUCCCCCAACCCCUUCCUUUCCCCAUUAAACCUCUAUCCGCCA